AUGUCAACAUUAUUUGGUGCAAAGCCAGCUCAAACCAAUACAUUUGUGAGUCCAUUUGGAGUAAACCAGUCACAACAACAGCAGCAACAACAACAACAACCACAGCCAUCACAACAACAAGCAUUACAGCCACAAUCACAAUCAAUUCAACAGUCCCAAGUCGGUACUCAACAACUUAACCAUCAAAACCAACAACAACAGCCUACAUGGUUUCAAAACCAAAAGAAAAGAACCAUUCCUAAUCAUUUAGUACCGAAGAAAAAACCAAGUUUCCAUCUUGGUGCCAAUAACAAUAAUUCAAAGAAUAAAAAAUCGAAUGCUCUUCAUCCAUCUUUGAUUUCAGAUGAUCAAUUCAAUUUAUUAUCUUUUGGAACUAAUAACCGCAAGACUAUAACUGGUCCUCUUUUAGAUAAAAAUACCAGUGUUGGGAGUUUAUUUGAUUUACAACUCAGUAAUAACACAACAAUUGGCGAUUUGACAAAAAUAGAUGAAACAUUUGAUGGAUCUACUGAUCACAUUGACAGUGAUCUUCCACCAAAGAAAUCCAUGUUUGAUUUGGGUACUGAAUCCGCUAAAAUUUUAACUUCUGAUGCUAAACUUGAUUCAUUUAUUCAUAAGGAUCCAAAAGCUUUUACCAACAUCUUUAAUAGAUCCAGUGAUCUUGACGGAAGUAAGGUUGAACAAAGUGCUGAAGAUAAAGACCCUGCAAAGAUUAAUCAUUUGAAAAACUAUAAUCUGGCAAUCAUUGUUUUUGGAUAUCCUGAAAGUUUAUCCCUUGAAAUUAUUAAAUUCUUUGAAAGCUUUGGUAAAAUUUUGGAAGAUUUUGAUAACGGUAGUAGGAAUAUGAAUUCAACUUUGUUAAAUUUGAGUACAUCUCAGAACUCCACCAAUGGUAAGAUCAUUCCUAUUUUCAGUGGUAAACAUUGGAUUAAAUUAACAUAUGAUAAUCCAAACUCCGCUUUACAAGCUUUACAAGAAAAUGGUAACGUGUUUAAUGGAUCUAUGAUUGGUGUUGUUCCUUAUCACAAAAGUAUAAUUGAAAAAUUAGAAAAGAAACAAAUUUUUGCUAAUGAUGACAUAGGUGGUGGAGACUUGGAUAUUCCAUUAGAUAAAGUUUAUGAAAUUAUAAACAAACAAUCCAAAGCUGUUAAUUCUCAAGAUAUUGGAAAUUCAACUCAACCUAAUGGUGAAUCAGCAACUUCAUCAAAUAAUUCUUACAUGAAUAAAUUGGAUAUAAAACCUGCCGAUGAUCAUUUUUUCUUGAAAAGUGAUCAAAAUGGUGAUAAAUCAAAAACCGUGAAAGCAAAUGAAACUAAAGAUCAUGAAAAGUUGGGUAUUUUAGGAACCAUAUCUAAGUAUGUCUUUGGAUUCCACGAUUUAUAA